GACAGUCCAGAUAAUGAUUGGUGUGGUGUUUUUCUUAUUUGGUUUUGGGAACACUACCGAAGAACCAAACAAAUGCAGAACUUUUUACAUAACUAACAGUGGCAUAGCCCGCUGGGGAUCCCUCAUUUACAUCAUUGCUGGUUCUCUGUCUGUUGGUGUGGAAAAUAAACUCCAUCCCUAUUUGGUGAAAGCUUCGCUUGGAAUGAACGUAUGCAGUGCCGUAACUGCAGGAAUAGCCAUUAUUAUAUUGUCUGUAGAAUUAGCAGGACCACCUUAUUGUUGCUUUCCAGAAGAGUGGGCCAUUGGAACAAUGCUGGUGUUCUCCGUCCUCCAGUUAAUCAUCUCUGUCUGCAUCUCGGCUUUUACCUGCAAAACCACCUGCUGCACAAACCAUACAGUGGUCAAUGUUUCAUUUAACCAGAACAUCUAAAUUUACGAUACUUCAACAUCUGAGUCCUCAGUGGGAAAGAAGACCACCAAAAUAAGCCCAGUCAAUGUAACUCAACAAGCUGCCUACCCCUUUUUAAACCUUUUAAUUGCAUUUAAUUGUAGGUGCAUUUGUAAGUUUGUUUUUAUAAGAUUAAGCCAUGAUAUGUGAUAUUUAGUGAAUGUAACUCAGUUUGACUGUUUGGAAUGGGGUGAUGAACCAAUACGUCAGUAUAACUGUUUGAAUCUGAAAAUGG